AUGGCUGUUGCCGACAUCCUUUUUCUUGCACUGAUAGAUCACAGACCCGCCAUAAUGAAGAUAUAUGGUCAACGUACCUUAAGCAAUAUGUGUAAUCAAGUACUGGGCGAAUUGAUGCAUGCGAACACUGCUAAGAUUAGUGAUAGCUAUUUUAUCAAGGUGACUGAUACAAUCAACUCUGUAGAUAGCAAGGCAAUAAGCAUGCGUGACAACAAACGUGAUCUGUUGAACUUGGCUGCAACAAUGAACAAUACCAUUGGCAAUGUUAUUAAAGGACUAGCAAACUUGUUAAUGAAAUUGCCACGCCUGUCCGUCUUAAAUAUGUCCAAAAUUGUUGAAGUGGAGCUGCAAUCCACCUAUUUUGACAUGUUCUUGCCUGAGAUUUUUGCAGAUAAAGACCAACAAGUGGCCUUACAGUGGGCAGACAAAUCAGUACACCAAGAUCUUACUGAAAUGCGGCCAGACGCCAUUAUAUCAACGCUUGUGCAGCAUGAAUUUGAAUGUCUUUUUGGAUUCAGUGAAGCCAAGCGCGCCAUCGAAUGGCAUGACCUACCAGCUUGUUUAGCUUUUAUGAUAAAUGAAUAUUCUAUCUCCUUUUUUAUUGUAUCUAAACGCCACGAUUGUCUUUACACCAUGACGGAAAUUGCCUCUCUGGACUUCGCUUCUUCAUUAUCUAAUUUGCACACUUUUGCAACUUGCAAAAAUUUGGAUCUCCUUGCUGCAGUAAGCCAUUGUUUUUGGUCGAUCUGUACCCAUGAUCUACCAAAUACUGCCACUGCUACAAUUCUUCAAGAAAGACUUGAUUACCUUGUCCCAAUAUCAAAUUAUAUGUCACUCAUGGCCAAGUCAAGCAAAGGAACCCUUGGUCAAUUGUCUCAAUAUUGA